UUCUUUGUUUACACUUAUGACCAUAAUAGCAGUGACAUGAUACAUAAAAUAAACCCUUGUUGUCUUUUUGGCUAAGAUGCUCAGCCAAGUUUACUCGCGUUCCUGAGCAUUUUAAAGUGAUCACUUCGCCCUAGAUUUAGAGACAGUGCGCUGACGCUCGGAUGCUGAUGGCAGACAAACCAGUGAGAGUACAGGGCAUGAACGUAAGCAAACCUGUGAUUAAAGCACCUGAUUCUUUCCACAGGUGAGGUUUGCGCUGGAAUGUAAGGAGAGCCGUGGGCCUCACCUGCUGCUGCUGUUGCUGGGAGUGUACAGACAGAAACAGGGAGGCACGGUGGAAGGCGAGUGGGCGGGGUUUGCUCCAUUUUCUCUAUCGGUCCGAGAAGUUUGCACCAAAUCACAGGAGUCAGGUGUACCUGGAGAAACGCCGUCGUUCAGAGCAGCACGUUUGCGGUUUAUCCCGGAUUUACCUGCCGGCGAGAAUGCGCCAAUGAUCCGCUGAAGCCGAGAAUCGUAGCUACGCAUCAACUAAUCAAUAACAAUGAAGAAGGGGUCGCUGCAUUUUCUGGGUCGAAAGAGUCAUUCUCUUUUCGACACCAAUGUCAAAAUGAGGGAGAUGGACAAUGCAGAGUUGGUCCUGGGGUCAUCUGCAACUCCUGAGUCAGGGACUGCGAGCGUGCGGGCCAGACCCACAGUAAAGCAUUAUCCUUCCUCGUCUGAGAGUUUCCACGGCUUUGCUGUCCCAACGCCAAAAGUCCCUCUCCUCCCCCCUGUCAAUGGUUCAGUUGGUGGAGAUCUGUUGUCCAAUGGCUCCGUUACUUCAGUGCCUAACCUUGAUAAAGGAGAAAUAUUUGUUCCUCCUCCUCCUUCUGUAGCACCUCCACCACCUCCAAGUGAUUUUAUUCCACCUCCACCAGACUUCCUGGGUGAUUUAAACACUCUAGAUCCAGCAACCCUACAGCCUGCUUCCAUGCCCGCACCAAACCCGCCUUCAGUAGAACCAAAGGAUUUAUCCUUCCUAAAACCACCACCAAUGGCUCCACCAAAGCCUCCGUCUACCACUUCUACUGGCUCUGCAUCAUCCAUACCCAUCUCUAGUCCGCCGUCAGCUCAAAUUCCAGAGCAUCCAAAAUUUGCUGCCCCACAGCCCCCUACUGAAAGGCAACAGAAGACUCAGAAGAAACCUCCUCCAAAGCCCAUUAGAAUUUCCUCAGUCUCCAACUCUGACUCCCCCCCACAGACUCCUGCACCACCACCCCCUGUGCAGACACCCACAUUGUCCACCUUCAAUCCCCAAAACACAGCAAAGGUUUACACUGCUCCUAAGACCUCAUUUUUCAAUGUGCUUGAAGACCGUGACAAAAAACCUAAGCACAUGUUACUCCUGGAAGAUUCUGGGUCUUCCAGCUCUGGCCCUGUUCUUGUUCAGGUGGAUGGCAAUGCUCCCAAAGUGCCUGCACUAUCUAAACCAGUUCCCAAUGUAAAGGAGCUGGAGGAGAAUUUACAAGUUGCCCAACCUUCUGAAUCUACCCCAUUUGAGCAAAAGACAGUGACUAAGACAGAGACUAAGACAAAGGCUAAAACAGAGACAAUUUCAGUGCAACCAGAAAUAACCAACCCAGUACAGCCACCGCUUCAGAAGUCUCUACAGCUUGAUGAAGUUGACAAUACUCUGAUUAAUUUAGAGACCAGCAAGGACAAACUUGGAGAGAACCAAAUUCCAAAAGCAGAAAGUCCAAAAGCAGAAAAUUCUAGAGAGUACCAAAGUCCAGCCCCAGUCAAACCUGGAGAGUACCAAAGUCCAGCCCCAGUCAAACCAGGAGAGUACCAAAGUCCAACCCCAGUCAAACCAGGAGAGUACCAAAGUCCAACCCCAGUCAAACCUGGGCGGUAUCAAAAUCCAAACCAGAAAUACAGUCCGAUAUUGGAUCAUAAACUACGUAGCCUGAAAGGAAGUGAAACCCACGGAGCACGAGACGGGCAUGCGGCUUCUCCACUGGCUCUUCUAAAGGCAGCUAAAGAAAGAGAGAAAAACAGAACGACGCACUCUAUUUCACAGGAAAACAGUGGAAAGAACAAUGAGCAGCCAAGUAUUCACUCAAGUGACCUUCCAAGUUCUGGCUCUUCAGCUGUAAAAUUGACAGAAAAAAUAUUACCAGAGACUCCAAAAUCCUUCAGUCCAGUAGACCGUCCACAAACAAAUGAUGCUCCUGAAACUUCAAGCAGUCAUGCACUGGUCAAUGGUCAGGCACCAUCUACCAGUCCAGCUCUCAGCAGGAUCAUAGAAACCCCUACUGUUAGCAAAAAAGCAGAGGAGAGACAAAAUGCAUAUCAAAGCAGCUCACUGUCUCAGACUCCAAAACCUGAGGGCAAUAAAGAUGGGUUCAACAUGCCAUUACUGCCUCCACCACCAGAGUUUGAUGAUUUAAACAAAAUUAUGGACCUGCCACCUUCCAUCAUUCCACCGGACCCUCCCACAAAAAAGGCACCAUCACCACCUGUAACCUCUCUUUCUCCUGCCUCAGUUCAGUAUCCUUUGAAUAAGACACAGCCCUCUGCAAGUCCUCCCUCUUCAGUUCCACCUCCUCCUCUGAAGACAGCACCCACAGCUUCAGUUCCACCUCCUUCUCUGAAGACAGCACCCACAGCUUCAGUUCCACCUCCUCCUCCGAAGACAGCACCUCCAGCUUCAGUUCCACCUCCUCCUCCAAAGACAGCACCUCCAGGUUCAGUUCCACCUCCUCCUCUAAAAACAGCACCUACAGUUUCAAUUCCACCUCCUCCUCUGAACCCCCAACCUCCUAAUGUCCAACCAAAGGCACAAGUCCAGACAAAACCCAAGCCAGACUCCACUCAGUCAGCACGCACUCUGGAACAAAGACAUUUUGAUCUCCAGUGCAUCCUAAAAAAGAAGCUGGAGGAAAUGGCCCCCAAAAUGUCCCACCAAAAGGAAGACGUAGAGCCUUCCUCUGAUGAAUGGGAGGCCAAUGACCAGCUCAAAUCACCAACUACCAAAUAUCACCAGAAAGCAGCAACUCUGGACAUGAGGGAGCUGCAGCGUAAAGUGGACAAAAAAUAUUCAGAUAACUCGUCAACAAAAGUUUUCAGCAGCAAUGGACCGAAGUCUAAAUAUCAACAUGGUAUGACUUUCACAGUUCGGCCUGGAACCAAAAAUCCUAUUACUUAUCAUGAAUAGCGGGGAUUAUUAAGGGUCUUUGGAUUCUUGGACAUGUUGGGAUCUUCAACACAGACUAUGGGAUUCAACGUGUGUGAAACUAUCCUUUUAUCAGCAGCAGUGUGUACCACAGCUGAAAAAGGCAGCUUCACACAGAUUAUUUACACAUUAGUGGGUAACAAAUAUGUUAAGAAUGCCAGUUGACAAAGGACUGCCGAGUCGUAAAGGCGAACGCGACACGGUCACUGUCAAAUGGUGUUUUCUUUUCCAUUGUGUCACAGUCAGAAAGAAUGUUUUAAACAUUUGUGUAGUUGCUGCUAAUUAUUUAGUCUUAAGCUAUAUUUUGCUAUAUGUUGACUUUUUAAUCACAGCGUUGGGUAAUAUUAUUGUAUAGGUAAACUCCAUUAAUAUUCAAAUAAAAAAAGUUAAAAGUUUUUAAAGUCUUUUAUUGAACGAUGAAAAAUUAUAAUUGUAAAAUAUAGUAAUUUGGAGCAUAACUGUUAUUAUUUCAUGCUGUAAUUACCUGCCAAAUAAUGGGAAAUGUUCUUUCACUGUUACAUCUUGAUUAUGAAAGUCUUAUGGAGCAAACUAGUGGAGGUCUAGUGUGAUUCUCACAUUUAUUUAUCCCAUCAAAUCCUUUAUGGUUUGUAUAGGAUUUUCUAUACCACUACAGUAAAAAGUGUUAAUCUAGUUACGUAUACAUUGUUAUUGAUGGAUAUAUCAAUUUGUAUGAUAUGAAAAUCACAUUUGGACAUUGCAAGAUGUAGUUAUAUGUACAUGUUAAAGUUGUAUAUAGAAAGUCAUCAAAUUAAGAUGUUCAUCUCACUGGUUUCUCUAAGUAGGAAAUAAAUGUAACAAACAGCUGAGUAUUUAA